GUUAAUGCUGCCAAACAGCGGACGCGUUAGCACGCGCGCAGCCGACGGGACUGUCGUGCGCUUGCUCACGUUUGCCGAGGAAUAAAACGCGGUAGCCGAAAGGUGCAUCACAUCUCGUUUCCAUGGACAACACGUCCAUAAUAACACAGGUUGCAAAUCCGAAAGAGGAGGAGAGCAUUUCUUCAAGUCCAGAUAAAGUCUCCCAGUCCAACAGCAGCCUGAAGAAGCAUCGCAGCCGGAGCAUUUUCAGCCCUUUCUUCUGCUGCUUCCGCAACUACAAUGAGUACCACGUUGAGACACCGCCCGCCAACAACAAGACACUUUCUCUGCCCACGCCGCCAGAGGAGAACGGCAGUCCUCCCAAGAGAGCUGAGGCGCUGUGCUGCCUCGCUGAGCUCCCUCCACACAUUUUUCCAGCUGCUUCAAACCCGCUGAACCCAGAGCCUCCAGCCAAUUUCCUUCUGCCAGAGGUCAGUAUAGAUGACUACGGCAAGAACUGUGUGGUGAUCGACCUGGACGAAACCCUCGUACACAGCUCCUUCAAGCCCAUCAGCAAUGCAGACUUCAUUGUUCCAGUGGAGAUUGAUGGGACUGUUCAUCAGGUGUACGUGCUGAAGAGGCCCCACGUGGACGAGUUCCUCCAGAAGAUGGGGGAGCUCUUUGAAUGCGUCCUCUUCACAGCGAGCUUAGCCAAGUACGCCGACCCUGUGGCAGACCUGCUGGACCAGUGGGGGGUGUUUCGCGCCCGGCUCUUCAGGGAAUCAUGCGUUUUCCACAGAGGAAACUACGUCAAAGACCUCAGCCGGCUGGGCCGAGAGCUUAGUAAAGUCAUCAUCAUAGACAACUCGCCUGCCUCCUAUAUCUUCCACCCGGAGAAUGCAGUCCCAGUGCAGUCCUGGUUCGACGACAUGACGGACACGGAGCUGCUAGACCUGAUUCCUCUCUUUGAGGGCCUCAGUAAGGAGGAGGACGUUUAUAGUCUGUUACAGAGCCUGAGGAACAGGUAGCAGACAGCUGGGCCUCCCCUCGCUGCCGUGGCGCCGCAGCCCGGCUCCGGUCCGCCGAGCGGCGCUCUGAAUAAUCUGAACACUUCAGGCAAUUGUUCUGGUCAUAAUGAAAUCAAGAGACACCAACUGGAGGGAUUCUCACCAUCUCUGGAUUCUUGGACUCUUUGUACAGGACUCCUACUGACAAAAGAUUAUAUAUCACUGUAUGUACAUAUUAUAUGUUUCUAAGCAAGAAAUACAUAAAGUAAUUUUUCUAUCAGAGAGUGGAGGUUUUACUAUUCUAUCAAGUAAUAUUUUAGUUACCAAAAAUAAUCCAAUAGACAGAUUCUUUUUGUUGAGAAUGAGUGCCGUUUUGUUGCUUUGUGUUGAGCUGUGCUAUGCAGGCUGUUGUAUCUCGUCUGACCUUUCAUUCAAACAACUGUGAUUUAUCUUCUCUUACAGAAUGAGUGCCUUCAUUACUGUGCUGAUUUUGUUGUCAGGUUAUGGGGUGCACAUUGUUAUGCUGCAUAAUAACUCAAAUUUCCAAGUACAUAACACUAAAUCCUUAAAUUGAAGUUGGAAAUUAGUCUGAAUUGAUUGAGAAACCUGAGAAAACAGAAACGAUUUAUUUCUAGAGAUUUAUCCAACUAGCCGGUUUGACCUGGAUGAUUCUUUGUUUUUGAGUUUAAUAAUAUUGAAUUGUUAAAUUUACCAAAGAUUUCUACAAUUCAAUGUGAUUUGUGACUGAAUGACGUCAUGUGAUCCUUGACGGUGACUGUAAAUUGAUAAUCCUUAGAGAUAUUGAAACCCCACUUUAUUAUGGAAAAAAGAAAACGUGAUGACAUCGCAGUCCACCAAUAAAUGUAAAACUUUUGAGGAAGAUAUAAUAAUUAGCUUAGUAGACAUGAAAUUCUAUUUAUUGGGGAAAAGGGGGAUUGGGUGCAUUGUAAAGCAACUGCUGUUGAAA